AUGCUGAGGCCUGGCACAAUUCUGGUACUGGACGAGGCGGCUAGUAAUGUUGACUGGGGAACCGAUGAGGUUAUGCAACGGGUUAUUCGGGAGGAGUUUGCGAAUAAGACGAUUAUCACUGUUGCGCAUCGCUUGAGAACUAUUUUGGACAGUGAUUUGGUGGUGGUGCUCAGUGAGGGACGUAUUCUUGAAGCAGGUCAUCCUGGGAAACUGCUGACGAGUCCCGGUCAUUUUCGGCUAUUGUGUAGUACUCAAGGCAUCAAUAUUGACAACAUCUGA